CUCCACACUGCUGCGUCACAGUCAAGGGGCGGAGCUGCAAUCAGCAAAUCCAAUGACCAGUGCCAUGGACUCAGGGAGCUGGCGUUGAGCUUCCAUCUCCUGAGUGAUGAGCUCCUGCUUGCCCUCUCCUCUGAAAAACCCAUCCACUUAGAGCACCUACGCAUUGCAGACACACUUUCACACCAUUCAAAAGAACCAGCUGGGAGGCUUUGGUCCGACACUCACCCAAGGUCAACAUCGUCAUGUAUUUUUUCCUUAUAUAAGGAGUUUGAGCCCUUCUUCCGCAAGGAGACUCCUGUCACCUACCUGUACUUUGGCCGGGCAGUUACCAAAGAGAUGCUGGGCCGUAUCGGACUGAACUGCCCUUGGCCUUCAGCCCCUGCAUGACCGCUGCAAAAGCUUGACUGCCAUCGGGGUAAGCGAGUGUGAAGUGACCUGCAGUGGCUUAUGGAGUUUGUUAAGAUGUGAGGGGGCAGGCUGACUCAGCUGUCAAUCAUGGAGGAUGUGUUGAUCCCAGACAGCAGCAACAGCAUGGAGCAGAUUUACAGUGAGGUGUCCAAGCACAUGGGUAGCAUGUGGUUCCCUGAUAUGAUGCCCACCUGGUAGGCUGAGAUGAAGCCAGAGUGGAGGGCUGCAGUGUGAUGUGCUCUUUUUGGACAGUAAGUAAGCAACAGAAAGUUUCCCUGUCAUCAGUGUUCUUGGCCAGCUUACUAGAAGGUGGGUAAUUUCUAAAGCUGUCACUUCUAUUUUUACCUAAAUUUGAUGUUAGACUGAAAAUGUUUUCUCACUUAAAACAUUGGCAGAUUGAUUUCUGUCUGGCUAUCUUGUGAGCACUCAGCUUUCUCUCUGUGCAUUGAUAUUGUGAUGUGAAAUCUUUGAUUCUUCCAUCUGUGAAGCACAGUCUGAAUUUACUGUCACUCACUGCAACCUUUCAACCAUUGUGUGUCAAGGAUGUGGAUCUGCCAUCUGCUGGUUGCUUAUUUUAAAAGCAUCACACUUCAUCAUUUAUUCUGAACAGCAUCUCCCACAAUAUCAUCAGUGUAUGUUGUUCAGUGAAUUCCAAGUUUUAUUUUGUGGUGAAAUGUUGUUCUUUAUCUUAUUGCUAUCCCUCUUCCCAGGAUACAGUUUGAGAGGCAGAGACCCAAUCUGGAGUUGGGGCAUCCUGUCGUUGGUAGAGAGAGCACUAACAAUUGUGGUACUAAUGCAGUACAGGAGAGAACAAGAGUUUACAGUUGAGUCAGAGCAAGAGUUGCACCUUCAUGUAAAACACAAUGGGUAUUUUGUAAUCUUGUCUAUUUAUGUUUGUGUCAGUGGAGACUUUAAUAUUUCAUCCUAAACUACAACGUUUUAAGUUGGUUAUUUUUGGACAUCCCUGUUGA